AAGAAAAUCCCGAAUUGUUACAAUUUUUAUUUUCUUUAUAUUCAAAGUAGAUAUAGUUGUUUGUAACCGAUACGGUAACCAAAAUUUUAUUCGAUAAAUUUCAACUGACGAAGCCGCGAAGGGAUCUGACCAAGCCUCAAUGUUCCAGAGUGGAUCGGUGAAAGCCAUUAUUCCUUGUUUCUCACAGUUCGUAGUUAAUGUGUGUCUUCCAUCAGUAAAAUGGCAUCGUAAAAUAGUACCUUAUAAACAGUGUUCAAACGUCAAAUAUUUUACAUCUAAUAAACAGUAUAACUCAAAGAUGAAAGGCAAAUUAAUCACAAUGAAGAUUGACACACCUGAAUACCAUGCCUUGUUUACCCCUGAGUUGAAGACAUUAAUUUCAAUGUUUGAGAAAAACCAGUAUGAGAUUCGGAUAGCAGGAGGGCCAGUGCGGGACUUGCUCAUGGGGAAGGCUUGUCAUGACAUAGACCUGGCGACAACAGCGACUCCCACACAGAUGAAGGAGAUGUUUGAGCUGGAAGGGAUCAGGAUGAUCAAUAAGAAGGGUGAAAGUCAUGGCACCAUCACCGCCAGAAUCAAUGACAAGGAGAACUACGAAGUGACAACACUGCGAAUAGAUAUUCGCACAGACGGUAGGCAUGCAGAGGUUGAGUUCACAAAAGACUGGCAGCUAGACGCCAACAGGAGGGACCUCACUAUCAAUGCUAUGUUCCUAGGAGUGGAUGGAACUGUGUAUGACUACUUCAACGGUAUUGAGGAUGUAAAGAAGAGGAAGGUGAGGUUUGUUGGCGAGCCUGCUGACCGUAUUCAGGAGGACUUUCUCCGCAUACUCCGAUACUUCAGGUUUUACGGUAGGAUUGCUGAGGGGCCAGAUGAACAUGAAGAGGCCACGCUAACUGCUAUACAGGCAAACGCGGAUGGUUUGAAAGAUAUAUCUGGGGAGCGUAUCUGGACAGAGCUGAAGAAGAUCAUAGUGGGCAACCAUGCAGCCAGCAUCCUGAAAACCAUGGUUCAGACAGGCAUCACACAGUACAUAGGUCUGCCAUCACAGUUGAACUUGGAGGAGCUGGAGGCUGUUUGUGAGCGGACUGAUGGCACUGACCCUGCCCCCAUGACACGUAUAGCAGCCUUGUUGUCCAACACUGAACAGGUAUACCAGUUGAAUGAGAGGCUGAAGGUGUCUACAGAGGAGUUGAAGACGUGCUUGUUUGUAGUGACCUACCGGGACAGACCUGAGACAGAGCCUGUUUUCCGCCACUACCAGCACCUUGUGGCCGGCCUUUCUGGUAAAGACAGCCGCACACAACUACGGGCAAUUGAAUUACUCAAAUAUAAGGGCAACAGUGAUGCCAGGACUGCUAUUGAAAACUGGACCCAGCCUAGACUUCCAGUCACUGGUAAAGAUUUGAUUGACAUGGAUUUAAAGAAAGGACCGACAUUUGCCAAGUUGUUGAGUGAGUUGCGACUGUGCUGGAUAGAAAGUGACUUUCAGCUGUCUCGUGAAGAGCUGGUAGAUAAGAUACCGGCGUUGUUGAAGGACAUUAGAUCUUGAUCUCUAUUUUAUUAAAGUAUGUUUUGUUUACAUGUAUUUGUACAACAAUGGAAAUGUUUUUUGUAAGCUUUAUUUGACAGGAUGAAUUAUGUGAUCCACCAUUGUUGGACAAGCCGGGGGCUGCAAUGUGACAUUUGGUCUCCAACUUGUAUCAAAUACUGUGCAACAUGAAAGACCUUAAUGUGUAUCUUUAUUUGAGACAUGUAUAAUUGUUCAUUGUCAUUGUAAUGUUGAUAUAAAUACCUCCAAAACUAUCUGCUCUAAUUUCAAUAGGGAAAGUUCCAUCCAAAUACACCUACUGGUAAAUGGUUGCAUUUGCAAACUUGAAAUGGCAAUGAAAAUCAACUGUGAUUUCAAAUAUUUCAGGUAAUAAAAUUUGAAUGUCG